AUGUCCACAUAUGACAUCCAGAAGGCCGAGAGGGUCCGAUUCUCCUGUAUCGGGUUAUCAAGUCUUCUGUGUGAAACCACUGGGUUAUGGAGCGGACCUAUGCAGUCAUGCCCGCCACCCGUCUCAGCUCCUACACGAUGCACUAGUCCAUUUAUCCCAAAGUAUGCAUCAGCUGAAAACGUACGUUUGGCCUACAGCAUCGAUGAGACGGUAACAAUCACCUGUGACAGCACACCAGACAGAUCGUUCACCCUUCAGUGCAAACCAGAUGGGUUUUGGACGGGUGGUGUCCAUUCUUGCCCACCGCCUUCAGAAGUUCCGGAGAAGUGCAGUGCCCCUUACGUUCCAAGAUAUGCAACUAUUCAAGGCCUGCAACUGAAUUACGACUAUGGUGACAGCAUUACUGUAACAUGUGACAGCAGCACUGCUCAGUUUACCCUUCGGUGUCGCACGAAAGGUCGAUGGGGUGGCCAGGAGGUUUCUUGUCCCGUACCUACCCCAGUUCCGGAGAAGUGCAGUGCCCCUUACGUUCCAAGAUAUGCAACCAUUCAAAACCUGCAACUGAAUUAUGACUAUGAUGACAGCAUAACUGUAACAUGUGACAGCAGCACUGCUCAGUUUAUCCUUCGGUGUCACACGAAGGGUCAAUGGAGUGGCCAGGAGGUUUCUUGUCCAAUACCUACCCCAGCUCUGGACAAGUGCAGUGCCCCUUACGUUUCACGAUAUGCAACCAUUCAAAACCUGCAACUGAAUUAUGACUACGGUGACAGCAUUACUGUAACAUGUGACAGCAGCAGUGCUCGGUUUACCCUACGGUGUGGCACGAAAGGUCAAUGGAGUGGCCAGGAAGUUUCUUGUCCCGUACCUACCACAGUUCCGGAGAAGUGCAGUGCCCCUUACGUUCCAAGACAUGCAACCAUUCCAAACCUGCAACUGAAUUAUGACUACGGUGACAGCAUUACUGUGACAUGUGACAAUAGCAGUGCUCGGUUUACCCUUCAGUGUGACACGAAAGGUCGAUGGAGUGGCCAGGAAGUUUCUUGUCCCGUACCUACCCCAGCUCCAUCUCAAUGCAGUGCUCCUGUUAUUCCAAGACAUUCUACCAUUGCAUUCUACCGAAUGACCUACAACUCAGGUGAUGACGUGAUUGUUACUUGUGAUGCAAACAGCGAUCGUUUUACCCUUCAUUGUAACAACAGUGGAAUUUGGAGUGGACCGGAAAUGUCUUGUCGAGAACCAGUCAAACCUCCAACACUGUGCAGUGCACCUUAUAUUCCGAGAUAUUCUUCGAUUGAAAGUCAUCAUUUGAACUACAACAAUGAUGAAACAGUGUCAGUGACAUGUGACACGAACAGUGAUCAAUUCACUUUACGGUGUCAGGCAAGUGGAUUAUGGGAUGGCCCUGAUAUAUCCUGUGCAGCACCGACAUUGCCGAAAAUCCCAGCUUCAUUUCCUCCAUCACAUGCCUCCUGCAGUGCACCAGCAGUGCCUAUUGAUUCAACCAUUCAGAAUCUUCGUCUCUCAUACAAAGACGGCGACAGGAUGAACGUGACAUGUAACGUGGGUUCUGAUUGGUUCGACGUGUCAUGUGACGAUGGAAUAUGGAUAGGCCAAAACAUAGUUUGCCCUGACCCUCCCAAAGAAUGCAAUCCACCAAUCAUCCCCGUCGUCUCAUUCAUGGGAAAUGUUAAGCCUCGCUACAAGAUUGGUGACCAAGUCAACAUCACAUGUAACGACGACUCUGAUUGGUUCGCUUGGGAAUGUCACACAGAUGGCUUGUGGCGUGGGAAUUCCGUCCAGUGCUCUACUGAUUGUCUCCCACCCGGAGGAGAAAAACCUUCAUUCCCAGAGCGUAUUGCAUAUUCUAGUAGUGAGCAGAAGGGAAGGGAUUACUUUAUCACCGGUCUUCUGGUUACAGCUGUCAUCUUAUUCAUCCUUGUUCUGAUGUGUAUGGCGGCGUUUGUCAUCUUCGUAAGAAAUCGUGGCUAUGAUUUAGCAACAUCAUCAAAAGACAAUCUUCAAGAUGAGAAGGGAUCCAGAGGACCUCUUCCUGACGUUCCUGACGGUUAUGCCAAGUACAUUGGUGGUGACCAGUCACUCUAUGUCGAACCAUACCUCAAACAAAGUGGAGAUCCCAUUCGAAGCUAUGAAGUCUACGAAAAACCAACUUGAAUAAAUUACUACCAGUUUUAGAUUCGAUGAGCACUUUCAUAUAGGAAAACUCGACUCUUGUUUAUUAGCCUUCUUUUAUACUUAUGCUGUUAUUCUGUGUUGUUGUUUAAUUUUUAAAAAUUUUGAUUAAUAUUUUCUUCAAAUGUUAGAAGCUAUUUCACGCAUUAAUUCCCCUUUCCCCACUUGUUUACAUGUACAUUCAAUAUAUGAACAUGGCAUACCAUUUAUACCCUCUUCUUUUUCACAAUGCAUUCAUUGUUGUCUUGGAUCCACAACUGAAUCCAUUGAAUAUAUAAAUAUAUAUAUAUUUUUUUUAAAUUGAAUGAAAGUUAUAAACGUUUAUGUUAAUUUAUGUCAUGAUUGUUCAAGUAAGAAUAUGAUUAAGACCAAUAUCGCUCCUGUAUCCUAUUAUUAUUAUUGAGAUAAUUUUAAGAUGAAGUUAAACCAUUUUUGCUUGCUGUAUAGUAGAUAGGAGAUGUAUACAUCAAGAUAAAGAGGGUUUUUCUUCAUAAUGAUUUUUAAUUUUCUUUCUCAAACAUGUCCUGGUUAAUAUAAAUUUGUACGAUAUUUAGUUAAUUGAUGGAUUUAACAUCAAGGAAUCUAUCAAUACCAAAUGAGAUAGUCUCAAUGAAAAACAAAACAAAACGAUUUUUUACUUCAUUUCACAAAAUCUAUUUCACAAAAUUUCCUCUAGGUAUGCAUAUAAUUCCUUUACUAUAAAGAAACAACUAACUUCAUUUUUUACACCCCCUGUAAAUUUGAUGUGUUUUUGUUUUGGUUUUCGUAACUCAAGAAUAAACGAUGUAACGAUUAAAUCAACUUUUCGUUAAAUACUUUUAGAUAAAAGCUUUAAUAUGUCAUAUUCUCAAGAAACAUGAAUCGGGACGAAUAUAUUUUGUACAUGCUUAAUAAAAUGUACGGUUAAACGUCGUAAGGGUAUAAAUGAUGUACUUGUUAACUUUAUAAAUAAGUACCACACCCCGUUAGCUCGUUGUAUUACCUUCGUGGAAAUGUAUGCAAAUUUAACUCAAUUAAACUUGUAACAAACAAACAAUGUAGAAAUAUUACAGUAGGUGACA